CAGAACCGCCAUUGAUUCACACGGGCUUCUCUGGUUCGUCUUCACGGAUAAAGAGACCGUACCUGCCAGCCAACCAACUCCUCGAAAACUACCGCCGAGUGCCGAUGGUGCUUUUUUGCUUGGUGAUAAGUAUAGACAUUAACACUACAGUAGUCCGCAGUACCCUCUUGACGUAAUGGACAGUACAGAGGCUACCACAGAUAGCCCACAGGUGUUGACCAUGGCAGGCGACUAUGGAAAUCUCUCAACAGCACUCUAUACUACAGAUGGAGAUGACUCGUUAACAGGGGGAGCAGAAGAGGAGAUUGUAGGAGACGAGAAGAGCACCUCGCCGCUCAGGGAGCAAGACCGGUUUCUACCCAUCGCUAACGUCAGCCGAAUUAUGAAGAAUGCCAUCCCAAAGUCUGGCAAGGUACAUGUUCAGAAGAUAUCUAAAGAGGCCAAGGAGUGUGUGCAGGAGUGCGUGUCAGAGUUCAUCAGUUUCAUCACAAGCGAAGCGAGCGACCGAUGUCAUCAGGAAAAAAGAAAAACCAUUAAUGGUGAAGAUAUCCUGUUUGCAAUGUCCACACUGGGUUUCGAUAACUACGCCGAACCACUGAAAAUAUAUCUACAGAAAUACAGGGAUUCAAUGAAGGGAGAGAAGUCUUUGUCAGGCAUCUCAUCAACGUCGUUAAGAUCAGACGGAAUGGACGACCUCCAAGAUCAAUUCGGUAUUGCCAGUAACCUGAUGUCGGGGGACCAGACUGUAGCACCGUCAUAUCCAGCAACGUAUCCCACACAGCUUUCAUUCAGUUGAGAGAGAACAGCGUGAGAGUGAGCUGUCGUUUGUACAUAGCACUUUUACUACUCACCACAACUCCACCUGAAACUGCACCUUAGCAGAGACUGGCAGCAGUAGACCUACAUAUUACUGUUAGUCCAUGUUCCCUGUAUGAUCAAGCAAUGGAAAUGUUGCUACCAAAAGAAGGUGCCUGGCUUUUUUCAUGUCUCAGUUUCCUUCCUCAGUACACAUAUAAAAUCCCAGUCGUUAAAUGCCAAAGAAACCGGAUAUAAACACUGGGUAGAUGAGCUACAUUGGCUCAGGAGUUGGGACAGACUUUACAUUUGUUGAAUAUUGUGACUAUGCAGGACAAUUUUUGUUACAGGAUUUUGAAGAUGCAUCCUCUGGGACAACCCCUGUGACAUCCCAUAAAAAAAAACACAAUCUGACCCAGCACUUUCUUAAUACCGACACACUUUAUACAUUACAUUGUACAUACAACUUUGUAGAUGUUCACUUGUACGUGUGUUUAGUUUCUACGUCUGUGGUUGGUUUGUAAUAGUUACUUUGAGUGGUCAACUGAACCUCAUCUGUUUUUUUUUAUCAUAAUAAUAAACUGGGGGCCAAUCUCAGCCCUGUUAGCUUCGUUUUUGAAAGGGCAAGCCAAGGCACUUUUUCCUUGGUAAAGGGCACCUUAUUUAGGAAAUUGUGAAUUUA